GUGACGCGAAAUGUUUACGAACUAUCACUCAUGUGUGGGGAUUGGUGGGGUGGCGUGUAUUUUUUCGUAACUGGGAGUGCCCUUAAGUAGUCACAUCCCAAUUUAUCACUGUGGACACCUGCUUCACUAUCAGGAGAUAAUGUCAUUGUCUUCUGGACUUUCUUACAGGAAUCUACAAGUAUGGCAAGCCAAACACCAAAAAGACGACGGCAAAAAUAUUGCUCGAUCAUCUGUGAUGAGAACACUCAUGUUACAAGAUCACUACUCAAAAAGCUUGUGAGGGCCAAACAAACACCUGAAAUAUAUAAAGAAGUCGUUAGAAGCCAACGAAGAAAAGGCAAGUUGUUUAGGGCUCCAGACAUCCAUUCCAGGUCUUCAUGUAAGGGUAGUGAAGAGAGGACGGAAGAACAAUUAAAUGAAGAUAUUAGUCAAGUUAGUGAGGAAACAUCGCUCGAUUAUGAUUGUAGAAGUCUGUCUUGGGAUAAUCUAAAUGAAGAUUCUCCUGAGGACAUAGGAGAAGAAGACAGGGAUAACUGUGUUCGCAAAAAAUCCUUCUCCAAUGCACAUGAAUUGGGAAAACAACAGUCAGUGUUAUCUUCAGUUUCUCCUUCAUCUGAAAGUGACCUCCAGUGGCAGUCAGAGGUAUAUUCUGACUUAGAAGAUAUUGCUGAAGAAAUGUCACAGAAAACAAACAAAUCACGUAAAUCUGUAAGCAAUGAAAAUAGUGUAGCCUCUCCAGGAGUAAUCACAAGAUCACAGUUGAAACAACUUGCCAAUGCCAAGUCAGUUCCAGAAGAAUACAAACAUGUUCUUGGAGAAGCCCAGCCAAAUCGAAGAAAUCAGAAGCAUGGGAAGUCUCUUAAUAGUGAAAAACUGUCAUCUCCACGUAAGCUUUCUGCUACUACAAAGGCCAGAAGAGUAUCAAAGAAAAUGAAUCAGAAGGAGAAAAUACAGAGUUCAUCUGAGCAAAACAAUUCUUUAGAGAUAGAAGAAAGCUUCGAUGUUGAAAUGCGUGAUGAUGCUGAUUUAUCUGCAGAAGAAAGUAUAGUUAACACCCCAAAAUCAGCAGGAAGUGCUGGAGAAAGAGUAAGGCCAAAGAAUAAAAGAAAGAAGGAAGACAAAGUGGACGAGAGUGCUUUCAAUAGCGUGUGUGACAGUAGUUCAGGAGAGCAGGCUACUAGUAAAAUGGAAUUCAGUGAAGGAGAAAGUGUUGCAACUAAAGAAUCAGUCACAGUUAUAUCACAAGAAAAAAGUUUUGAGAAAAAGAAGGCAAACCAAGAAGCAGGCAUUGAUUCAGUGGAUUCCAAAACAGAUAAUAUGGAAACAGAUAGUAAAAAUGAUGAUGAGAGCUUGCGCUCUGGUAAUAAAACUACGUUGAAGAGUUGUGAUGUGUAUGACAAGAAGAGUACUGUAGGUAAGAAAAUAGGCAGAAAACGUAAAGGAUUUUCUAAAAUCAGCAGUGCAUCAGAAGAAGAAAUAUUAGACACCAUACACCCAAAGGAAAGGGGGAAUUCUGCAUUGGGGCGAAAUAAUUCAAUAUGUGAACCUGUUGACAUGUCAAUCAGUGAAGACUGCAGUGGAACAGAGAAAAUACGGUACCUUUCAAAAUCUGCACCGAGCGACUCUGAAGUAUCUGAAUCACUUGCUGAAAAUCAUAAAAAUUUAGCUCAGGAGGUAUCAAUAACUAACGGGAAGACAAAAUUAUUGAAGAAAGAUAAAUUAUCUGUGAAUCAGGGCGCACAAAAAUCAUCAGAAGUUAGCAGUGCAACAAGCAGCAGUUACAAUUCUGGCUAUGAAAUCACUCCAUCAAAAUCACUAGUUGUAUCUAAAGAGCAGUCUUUGUCUACCAAAACAACAGAUUCCGGGAUUACUGGCAUGGUAGACAGCAAUCCAUACUGUGAUUCUGACAGUUGUACAAGUGACAAACAACAAACUCUUGAUGGCACUCAAAAGUUAAUAAGUUAUCCAGACAACAAUACAAAAGAGGAGCAACAUAAUAUUUCUGGAAAAAGCAGUGUCAUAAAUAGUUCAGGAAGUAUUGCGAAAACGAGUUUAUUGCCACAUGAAGGUAUUCCUUCAUGCAGUGGUGGAAAAACAUCAGAAGUUAGGCCACCAUUUCUCUUACGAAUGAGGCCAACAAUGAAUGAAGAGCCUGUAGACUCUGAUUCAGAUGCAGAAUCUCGUAAAGCUAUUAUGCUAUCUGCACAACGACGUAUCGAACAAAAUUUGAGCACAACAGAUUCAGAAGGGCGUAGAUUUUCAUCACACCAAACACCAACUUCCAGUUUACCUGAUGCUGAAGACUCAGAUGAUGCACCACCUGAGAGCAUGACAUUUGAGGCAGGACGGAACACUGCUACAGAAUCCUUACGUGAUGCUGUUGAAAGCAUAAGGCGUGACCGACAGCGACGUAAAGAGAAGAGGAGAGCCAGGCUUGAAAAGUUGCGCCAACAGAAGGAAGAGAAGUUAAUAAGAUUGAAGGAGCGGCUUGCAAGUCAGGAAGAUGCCUCUUGUAGCAGCUCAGAGGAAUCUGGUUAUGAAGAUGAAGAGGUCAGGCAUUACAAGAAGAAACCUCUGUCUAGAGAGAAAGCUAAAACAGAAAAGGAAAUUUCUGAGCGAACAACAAAAUCAAAGAAAAAGUCUUCCAAUACAGAAGGGCGAAUUGCAAAAACAAAGGAGAUGGACAGUGGUACUCAGGAGGAUCAUCACACUGGUAUAAGCAAUGGUUUAACAAAAAGAUUACCGGAUGAAUUACUUGAACGUCUUUCAGAGAAAGCCCCUACCACAAUGAAAGUGACACUUUCUGAAAAGACAGAGGAAAAUGGAAUUAAUAAUAAUGUUACUUCCAUACAAAAGAAACGCAAGAAGGUUCUACUUCCCAGCAGCGAACAGAGUGAUGAACCAUCAGAUUCUCAGAGCUUCAAGAAACCAACUACUCUUGAUUACAUUCCACUGAAGAGCAGUGCUUCAACAAAAUUUGGUAUCAUGUCCUAUGAUAAAGUGGUAAAUGUUUCUAAGUCAGCAGCACAGAAAGCAGCUGAAUUCCGCCAGAACAUGAUGUUUGGAAAUCGCCAUAAGAGAGAACCUGCAAAUUCAGGCCUGAUUUAUCAACAGAAAAUAAAGGCAUCUGGGAAAGACGUUUUUGCACGGAAGAAAUACUGACUUCGUACACAGUUUUCUGUUUCUGUACGCAGGGAACAUAUAUUUGAAUCUAUCUGUAAAAAAAAGUAAGAUUUUACAUGGGCUUACAUAAAUAGUGAAUGCAUCACUUGGAAACAUGUUGCUAAGGGUACCUAGUUAAAGUACCUUGUAUGAUAGUGUUGCUGCUCUUGUUUAUAAUGUAGAAUUUAAAAAUGUUGCUCGUCUGAAAGACUAAAAUAUUGUUUUGUAUCAUAUGUAUAGCGUUAAUAUUUUAAAAUUGAUUUUGGUUAUAAUAAAUGUUUUACCUUGUUAUGUGUGGUUUCUUUCUCUCAUGAAUCAGCAGUAUUGAGAGGUUGUAAUGGACUUGUACUGUUGUUAGUGUAUUAAAAAGCAGUAAUAAAUGAGAUACACAAUC